AUGGACGAAGACCCGAGGCUCAAUGCACCCGUUGAGAGUUUCUGUGGUAAAUUCGAUCGUGAUCGACAAGGACGCCAUGAUAAAAUAAUAUUGGAAGUCAUCGAUGCAAAUAUGCUAUCGUUUCAAAUACAAGUGAUUUUUAUUUUAUAUUGCCACUUAAUUGUCUGCUCAUCAACGAAAAACCUGUAUGACGAAUAUAACGAUAAACUGGAACUCCUAUCAGACUAUGAAACGCAACGUCAAGAAUCAAACGAUCACUCAUGCGAUAAAUUGGAAGAAUCUCCAUAUCCGCAGGACGACGAGGACUCCAUAGUCGAUAAAAUUGAUUGGAUUAAAAGAAAUCCCGAAAAAUUUCAAAAUUUCAUCAUCAAUUUGAAUGCUGAUAACAGUUUGAAGUCGAAGCGACAGGCUCAAUUUGAUAAAGUCGAUGGUCCAGUGACGUAUCCGGAAGUGAUAGCAAAUCCUUUAAACAAUAUACCACAGCCGGCACCGUCAGCCGAUGCGAUGUCGUACGGAAAUUUUAUUAAUUUCGCUGAUCCGACAAGUAUAGCUGGAGGAAAUAAUUCGAAACCAUCGCCCGUUACACCUGCUGCACCAGUUCAAUCAGUAACCGUAAAAAAUGUCACUAAUUCACCGGCAGUAGUUGCUAAUACGACCAAAGAUAGUGAAUGUUCUCGAUUCCUAAGUUCAGAUAAUGCAACAGCAGUUUUAGAGAAAGUGUUGGAAGAAUUGGAAUUGAUAAGAAAAGCUAAAGAAGGAAAUUCUACACCCGAAGGAGCUGCAUGUAACAUAAUUGGUUCAUGGAAUUCAGAAGUUAUUGGACUGAGAUUUGAUAUUUCUGCAAAGAAUGAAACCACAAAUGACCUAAUCGUUAAACUAAAUGAACACAAUCCACCGAAACGAUUGACGCUCAUGAAUACCAAUUGGACCACAAGUGGAUAUAUUCUACGAAGACAAGGAGGUCCGUUUUACUUGUGGGCUUCCAAGAAUAAGGAGGAUACUCUGGCAACAUUUACAGGUAUUUGUAAAAAUUGUGGAGAAACUGAUACCAUAUUCGGGACCUGGAGUAUUGUUCAUCCAGCAAAAGAUUGUAGAGAUCUACAAAUGGCCAUCGAAACUAAGCGUGAUAUUUUCCGCAAGGAAACGAUACAUACGAGGAAACUGGAAAAAUUAAGUAAAAUCAAAAAAAAUUCAAAAACCGAAACUGAAUUGUGUGUGGGAUAGUCCGAUAAGAUUCACAAUACUUUCCGGUGCACCACACGAUGAUCAAAUCAUUUCCAAGCUUCUUAAUAUCGUUCA